AGAUGCCCCUUCGUUAUUUCUUGUGUGUGGACUGCGUCCUGAUCAUGACUCUUUGAUACUAGAUACCAUCGAAGAGUGGACCCCAUCAAAAUGGAAAUGAAAGAUAAUGAUAAUUUCAAGUCAUGGAAAAUGAGCCCAGACAAUGAGUCUUCAUGGACUGCUGAUCCAGAAGCCAGUUCUGGGAAGAAAUUCACCAUUCCAAAGAUCAGGAAGACAACUGAAAAAGUUUACUUGGCGCCUUGUUACACCAAUACAAGAGAGUACAGUUUAAUACAUGGCACCCUAAAGCAGUACAGGCUUGAUACACGCUGUGAACUGCAGUUAACAUGGCAGUUUGGAGAUACGAAGCUCGUUCGCAAUAAAUAUCUAGAAAAACAGUUCGCUGCUAAAAGGUCAGAAAUGCGUGAGAGCGGGAGACAUGGCAGAGAACUGGAAGAACAUUUUUGUUUUUUGGGCCUUCCUCAAAGUGAUGUGGUAGACAUUUACCAGAAUGGGCUCAGUGCCAGGGCAUCUGCACUGAAGAUACUCGGGAAUCCUCUUCUUGGAGUUUAUUUGUUCAGACAUGUUGAUGUUGCUCUGAAUUAUGCUCUGAGUCAAAAUGCUACUGUAGAAAGCAUCAUGAUUUUUAAGGUUCUCUUUGGAAAAGUAAAGAAAAUGCAUCCUUCUGUGGAUAAAAGCAAAAUUUCUCUUGAUCCUUCUCCUAACUUUGAUUGCCAUAUGUCAAGAAAUAUGCCUUCUCUGAAAGAUGCCCUUGAGCUACAAGCCUACAAUUCAAUGGUGUACGUCUAUGAAUACGAUGUCUUUUUGAGACCAGUAGAUAAACCUAGGCAGUGUCUUCCAUACGCAAUAGUAACAGUAAAAUUUAUUGGUAAAAAAGCAGGAAAUGGACAACUUAUGACAUCGCUGAGAUUCCCCUCCACAGGGUUUCCUAAGAGGCUUGAAAGAACAUGUUCUCUGAAUAAUUGUACAGUUGCCAAAAGAAUUGGAAAAGGAAAAGAUGCUACAGUCAUCUUUGAGCACUUCAGGAAGCCUGCCCAUCCGUCUGUGCAGGAAACUUGCCCAUGUAAAGCACUAAAUUCAGAGAUGGGUCCUUCCAACUCAGAUACUUGUAAUUCUUAUGGAAACGUACAAAAUGGAAACAGUUCUGUGCUUGAAGCAGACAGCAGACAGACAGAAAACUCAUCAGAAAUGAGAGAUGCUUCUCAAGUAUAUACACACGACUCAGGUCUUUCCUGCGUGCCCACUGAUGACACAGCAAGUGGGGAUGGUGGCAUGUUCAGUGUGACUUACCUUAGAAAUAUUUUAAAUACUAUUUCUGUUGCUUUUCCUUUUCAAACCAAUACCGCCUCAAGUACAGUUAUUACUUCAAAGUUCAUUAAGGAUCCCAGACUGAUGAAGAGAGAACAAAACAUGAGAACACAAAAUAAUACUUCAGGUCUGAGUGAUGUUUUGCCAUUUGGUAAGAAUUUGGAUCAUGAUAAUUCACAAAUGAAGCCGACUAGUUCCAUCUCUUCAUCCGAAGUCACCUCUGCUGAUCACGCUGGCGCUAAUUACUUGGAUGCCCCUUGCUUCAAAUUCUCUUCUGAAAGUUCACACACUCAGACUUACAGUACUGGCUCAGAGGACUAUGAUUUUAUGGCAUCUAGUAAAGUUGCCAUUGCAGAACAAUGUAAUGAGAAACACAGGUUUUCCUUCCCCAGUUCUUUAUCAAACGAAUUUUCAGAUGUUGGGAAACAAAAGCACAGGGAAGAAAAGGCCCAGAGGGUCCAAAAGAGAAGCAGCACCCCAGUUUUAACUGAGCCAAACAGUGAGCCACGCAGCUCCUGUGAAUCAGAAAAUACUUGUGGCAAAGACUCUCAGAAUCACAUCUCUCCAGAAUCAUGGCCUUCUGAUUUAAAUACUGUAUAUAAGGCUGAUCACCAGGUGUCUACACUCUUCCCAGACCAGGAGAAAGGAAACCUCUGUGAAUACAUGCAAAAUACCGGAACGAUGAGAACCUCCAUCAGCCCAGAGGACAGUUCUAAACAUAGAGUCAACCAGACUUGGUGGAAAGAAACUGUCAGUUAUUUUACUAAUGAAACCCAAACUAGCCCAGUUGAUCAGUGCAGUGCAUUACAUCAGGAACACAAAGAAGGUGGAAAUCUUAAUUCUUUAAUGGGAAAUUGUGAAAAAAUACCAGUUACUCAUAAGCUACAAAUGCCCAGAUCGCCCAUGUCUACCACAAGGGGUGAAAAUGAACUGGAUCGUGCAGCAUUGGAAUUAGAGUGUAAUCUUACUCCACAUACACAGUGUCUUUCACAAAAGCAUCCUCAAUACUCACUAGAGUGUGAAGAUAAUAUUCAUACGAGAUUUGCCAUGGCUCAAGGGCUAUUAGAUUUGACAGCAGAACAAAAUAGUCAGAACUUUGCUACCGUGUUCACUGAUGCUUUCCAUGAAGCAAAAGAUGAUGGUCCCCUGGCCAGAGGACAACUCACUACUGGUGGUGGUAUGCCAUCUCCCGCCAUGGACAUGUCUCUUGAUAGUUCAGGCUGCAGCAAAAUUGGAGAAUAUAUGUGCAUCCAGAGGGAAAAUGAAAAUGAGGCAGUGUCUUAUAACCUUCAAAAAGAAGAAGCUUCUCAUAUCAAAGAUGGUGUACAGGAUCACAGCCUUUCUUAUGACGCAGAGUUGAGCUGUGAUCCAGACUUGAAAAUUAAUUUACAGGAACAAAGAAAUUAUGAAAAUGCAAAUAAUGCUCAAGAGAAAGAUGAUGCUUCUUUGUUUGCUGAAUGCAACACAGAUAACAUAAAUGGAAGUAAGAAGCAAGAUUUUCAUUCAAAUGACCUUUUCACCAAUAUUGUUGAAAUGAAGGAAAUUAAAAGUAACACCAAAGCAGAAAUUUCGAAUUUUGAAGGACGCUUCACAUUGAACUCAGUCCGGGGAAAGAAAGGUAGCCCAGCAGAAACGGCGUCAUCAGAGAGCAAAGAUAGUGUGGGUGCUGUGAAACAAAGACAUGCGCCAAAUGACGGAAGAAGUGCAGAGAACUUGGUGCUCACGUUUCCAGAAAUUGAAGGUUCCACAGUACAUGGAGCCUCAAAUGCUACAAAACAAGUCGUUGGUACUGCUGCUCUCACAUUAAGCACGAAUCAUGGAGAUCAUCAAUACCAGCUGAAAGAAACAUGUUCCCCUGAGAGCUCAGAUUUUGGUUUAGUAAAACGUAGCAUCUCUGAUUGCAAAACUGGCCCUGAUAAAGAUAAAUUGCAACACUUCGAACAGUCAGUUAAUGAGAAUUCAGUUCUUCAAACUUGUGAAUUGGGACAUGAAACUGAAGUAGAACUUGAAGAAUCUGGUGAUGCUUCUUUAUUUCAACAAAAUAUGCGUAGCCAUAGCGAUGUUCCUUGUGACGAUUUUGAUAUAUACGAGUCUCUAAAAUCGCGUAUUGAUUGGGAAGCCCUAUUUGGAAACACUAGUGAAGAGAUGGAAACCUCGAGUUUUGCGAGAAGAGAGCGCACUGAUCAGCAUCACGCUCCAGAAUGUAACUCUGUUCCUUUCUCUUCCAAAAAAGGAAAGAAAAAAGAGCUCCACAACCCAAUUUUUCUUCCAGAUCUACAAAUUACAAUUACAAACUUCGUUAGACUAAGAAUCAGCCCCACUGAUAAUUCUUUAGAUAAUUUUCACAAAUGCGCAUCUGAACCCACACAGCCAGCAGCUAAUAAAGAGGAGAAAGCCUGUGGAUUUGGUGUUUACUCUCAAUCUUCUGGAGAAAAUUCCAGUUUUUCAUGUAAUAAUAAGUUUGGUAAUUCGGUGCAAGAAUCAGGACAUGGGAGCAAGUCUGGAACCUCUUAUCGGUCCAACUCAAGUGAUAAUACACAUGUGAAUCAUAUAUCUGGAAAACCAAACAGUGACUCUUUGUCUGCUGCACCAUCUGUCACAGUAAUCAAUGAUAAUAAAUGUCCCAAAAACUCAAAGCCUGACUUUAGUGAUAGUAGAAGAAAAAAGGACAUGGAAUCAAAAAGCAGCAAGAGAAACCUCCAUGCAUCUUCCAGGGGUCAGAACAUCUCCCACAAGGACCUAAGGGAGCGUGAAACUCAGGAGACAAGGAAGAAGCCAGGAGGUCACGACUCAUCUGACCAGUUUUUUUCCUUAUCCCAAGGACGAAUUAAAACGUUUUCACAGUCAGAGAGGCACAUUAGGAAUGUACUGAAUAUUCUCAAUAGUGAGGCAUCUUUAUGUAAAAGCAAACAUCUGUCCAGAAAACUGGACAAAGCAGUUCUUCACUUAAAGAAAGCGUAUAGAAGACUUCAUACAUCUUUGCAGCUUAUAUCUAAAGUGGGGAAAAAGAGAAAAGGCCCAUUACCAAAAGCGUACGCAAUAAUCUGCAAUAAUUUCUGGGAAAGUUGUGAUCUUCAAGGUGAUAGUUUGAUGUCUGAAAGAAGAUAUUCUACUAGGCAUUUUUUGUCCAAAAGAAGAUAUGACAGACAGGAAGAGAAAAGAUUUUUAAGAUUUGAUUUUGAUGAGUCAUUGGCCCCGAUAUCAAAGCACAGAUCUUAUAGAACAAGCAGAGAGAGAAUUGCAGAGUGCCUUUCAAAUGGAAUCAUGUCUAGGCAUGUUUCCAGUAGUCUUACUUUCCAUGUAAGAGAAUUUUGUGAUGAAGAGCAACUUCCUGAAUCACAGUUACCCCUAGCUUAUACAUCCCAGAGUAUUAGUCAGUUAGAAUACGCGAAUAGCAUUGUGGGAAGUGUAGGCUCUUCCGAACUUGAGCAUUUUUCUGAAACAAGUGGGUAUAUGCUUUACCCAGAAGAAACACUAACUGAAAAAGAGUAUCAGACUGAUAGACAGAUGUCUAGUAGUGACUAUGCAAAGCUUGAAAACCAUUCAACACACAAUACUAUGGAUAUGACAAAAGAAUAUAGUUCUGAAGAUAAAACAGCUGUAUGUGAAAGCAAUUCAGUGUCUUUCAGUUUCACAAAAGAAAACACAAGUUAUAGUCUAGAUAACAGCUACGAUGCAACUUGUAUAGCUAACACUGACAUACUUGUUUCAGGUUUAGACUCAAACAAGAAGCACUUUUUAAAUGUUGAUAUCUAUGAACAAGAUAACCUUGUAUCUGAUGGUACUAGGAAUGGAGAAGUGAUUUUUCCUGUAGAAAAGUGCACAGUUCCUGUGGCGAUCGCACCAAGCAUUCCUACAGGAAAUAGAGCAAGCAGAAGGUACAUUGUUCCUCCUUUGUCAUCAAAUCUAGUGACAGCUGGUGAGGAAGACUCUCCUGUGGGGGGAAAUGGACAUUUCCAUGUAAGUGUGAAGGAGGUGACUGUUACUAAGCGUUCUAUAUUGGAUCUAACGUUAGGAACUGGAGAAAGUAAAAGUUGUAAGAAAAAUUUAAAGGCGCUAUUGUCCAAUGAUAGUUAUUCGCUCUUAAGAGAGAAUGUAAAGGUUCCUUCAAAUAAAUAUUUGGCAAAAUACAUUGAGGAGGAAAAAAUUAGGAAAAUUGAGCAAGCAAUUUACAAAAAAAUGAUUACUGAAGGAUCAGCUGUUACUAUUGAGUACAAAAGUCAAAGGAGGAUCCUAAAAGAAGAAUGCUUCCACGUAAACAAGAAAAUAAUUAAAAGCAUCUUGACUGAUUCUCAUCUGAGCAUUAAAAAUUCUACCAUAGAGACAAUUGCUUUGAAAAACAUUCCUAGUCAGCUUAAUGAAAGAAUGGAAGCAGGACAAAUUAAAGUUAGUAGCAGCUCCCACUCUGAUUGUCUCUCCAAGCCAGCCAUUGCAGGAGCUAAUCGUAGGCCUGCUUUACGUGAGAACUGUACAGCCACUGCUCUUCAGAAGGAAUUACAAGAAGAACACUACCCAGCUGCCUGCACAUCUCAUGUAGCACAGCUAUCCCAGAUCUUACGGAGAGCAGAUGAAACAGCAUCUUUGCAGAUUUUAGAAGAAGAGGCUCAGGCUUGUCAAAAUAUUCUCCCUUUAUUUGUUGAAGCAUUUGAAAGACAGCAAGAAUGUCCAGUUAACCAUAUUCUGAUUUCAAGAAAGCUGUUGGUAGAACAAAACUUGUGGGAUAAUUGUAGACUUAAAUUGAAACCGAGUGCUAUUGAUAGUUGGGUAGAGCUUCAAAUGGCAAUGGAAACUGUUCAGUUCAUUGAAAACAAAAUAAGGUUCUUAGAAGGUAAACCAACAUUCCGAAGCUUGCUUUGGUAUGAUGACAGCUUGUACAGCGAGCUGCUUCACAGGCCACGUGGGUAUCAGCUGCAGUCUAAUUUCUAUCCUGGUUUUCAGGGACGACUAAAAUAUAAUGCAUUCUGUGAGUUACAAAAUUACCAUAAUCAGUUAGUUGAAUUCUUAGCAGAAGCAAAGGAAGAAGCUAAUUCAUACUAUGCAUUCUUAAAAUAUAAACGGCAAAUCAUCGAAUGCAAAGCCAUAUUGAGGCACUAUUCUGACUGCUUUGACUUUUGUCUUUCUGUUCCAUUUGCCUGUGGAGUUAACUUUGGAGAUAGUUUAGGAGACCUGGAAAACGUAAGAAAAAGUGCUCUAAAGCUGAUCAGGAUACAUGGGGGCUCUGCUAAAGUCUAUUCCUGUCCAGGAAAGACAGAUCAUUUGUGGAUCAUUAUAGAAGUGGUCUCCUCAAAGGUUAGUUUUAUCAAGAGCAGUGAAGAAAUAAGUGUCAAAAUCUGCCUUUAUGGUCUGGAACAUAUAUAUUUUGAUGCUGCAAAAAGUCUUGUAUGGAAAGAAAACAGCCACUAUUUCCCCAAAAGACACUCAGAAAAACACAGAGAAGUGGAGGAAAUGAAUGAAUGUGCUUUUUCUAAGUUGAAGAAGAUCUGUGGUGUCUUGUCUAAAGGUUCAAACAAUGAACCAACUGGUAUUGGGCUUGAAGACAAUGCUGUGCUUGAUUCCAGACAGUCAGCUGUAGGAAGCAUACCAAACUGUAGGCUGAACAAAGCUUGGCUUUCAUAUCCAGAUAUUGGUUGUAUUAGUGAGAUACUGGAUCAGGCUAAAUCUGCAGACCCAGAAAAGUUACUGGACCUCACUGUCAGAUGUACAGAUCACUUAGAAAUUUUAAAAAAGUACUUCCAGAUGCUGCAAGAAGAUAACGUAGAUAACAUUUUUAUUACAGAAGAAAACGUUUUUGAUAUAUUAAACAACCACACUCAUGGAGCUGUCAUUUUAAAGCCUGAAGCUAUUGAUAUUUAUAUUGAAAUUGUCAUGCUCUCAGAAACAGUGCACUACCUUAAAAAUUCAAUAGCAAAGAAACUACACAAGCAGAGGGUUCGAGGUCUGCUCUGGUUUGAUUGGUCUCUUCUUCCUGACCUUAUUAGAUGCCAAGAAGAAAUGGCUUCCUUUUCAAUUGAUGACAAGCAGACAGAUUGUCUUUGGAAAGUGAUAGAGAUUGCUAUUUCUCACAUUAAGAAAGAGCUGGCUAUUAUCUGUGAAUACAGGGAAGCUGUUAAUUGUUCCUACGCUCUGCGUUUAUUCUCCAGAGAACUUAAAGAACUUACAGGAAUUAGAAGGCUUAUAACUAAAUCUAAGCAUUCACUUUCCACAUACAUUGACUUGGAGCCACAUACCGCAUCUGUAAACUAUGGAAACACUGUGGCAGAAUUAGAACAUAACCACAAGCAGUUCUUUAUGCUACUCAAAAACGUAAUGUCUGCCCCGCAGAAAGAUUUUGGAAAAAUGGUCCAUAUUAUAAAAGUUAUGAAGACAAUUGAACAUAUGAAGAUGAUAAGUACUAAAGGUACUAAACUGUCUGCUCAUCUUCUCUUUUUCCAAAUGCUGCAUAACAGAAGGGAAACAUUGCACCUGAACAGGAAAGAGAAGGUGGAUGUGCCCGUUUCAGAACCGGGGGAGAACAGCAGUCAACCCGGGAUUUCUGCGCAGACACCCUCGGGUACAGAGGGCACAGGGAAAAACACCUCAAGUGCCUCUAAAAAACGACUUGUGACAGCAGACACGUGUCAAGUCUCUCAGAGAAAUGGAAAUGCUGACGCUGGUUCCAGUUAUAAGAAGCAAAAGGUUACCAUGAAAGAUGUUGGAAGCAAACAAGAAACCAUAUCCAAACAUCCAAGCACUACAGGAUCUCAUAUCCAAGAUGAAAACAAAACACGAUCAAAUUCAUGUAACACUCUGAAAAGAAACUCUGCAUCUCCAAAAAUGGGCAAAAGACAGAGCUCGGUACCUGGCUCGCUUUCCCCUGCUGAGCACGUACAAGACGCUUGUACACCAAAGCCAGAAAACAAGAUAGAGCCAACAAACAGCUCGCCUGGUAUUUUAGCCCAUCUCUCUGAACAGCAGGAGCCCUCUAAUGUCAUAAAGAAAAGAAAUGUGACAUUUAGUGCUGCUGAAACAAAUGUUAAGGGAGACUGUCCCUUAGUAACUUGUGACCAAAAUAAUGUAGAUGCCACUUGCUCACCUGACAACACACCUGUGCAGAAAUCGCAUAAAAACUCCGCAGAUCACACACAGAUCUUUUCUUCAAGUUUAAGAGCAGGAAAUGAUGACGCUCUUGUGCUUAAUGCACCCAUGCUCUCAGUGUGCACUUCCUGUCCUGUGAGGGCCAGGGCCACCCAUAGCGAUCUUGAAAUGAGUGAUGCAGACUUCCAACAUGGAGAUAAUGAAAUCCUAGAUUUGUCUAUGAAAGACUGUACAUGUACCCGCUCUCCCGAGACUGUGUGUAUCCAGGACAAAACUCCUGUCCUGCAGGUAGAUAAAAUACAGCCUAUGAAAACUGGAUCAGCAGAGAAGUGUAUGAAGGAUGCACCACACCCCAGUACUGCACCAUUUGCCUCAUACAGGAACUCAGCCUGUUUUGUGACUCAAACAGCACAGCACGCCCUCUCUGAACAGGAUGAAAAGACUCCUGAAGUCCUAACUCAGAAAGUUGGCACAUCCUGGAGUGAACCUCCGCAGUCUGUGUCCACUGUGGUAUAUAAUUCUUCUGAGCGUUCAUUUGAGACUUCAUAUCCAUACUAUUCUUGGUGUUUUUAUCAGUACAGCAGCAGCAAUGGCACUGCUGUUACUCACACAUACCAAGGGAUGGCAACAUAUGAGAUACAGCCACCACCACCUCCAAUGCUGACUGCAGUUGCAAGUACUGUCCAGAACAUGCCUUUCAAUCGUUCAUACUCGGAACAUUUUAGUUACUUUGCUGGACAGCAACAAGCAAAUGCCUUUAUCCCAGGAAAUGGGUACCCUCCAUCUCACAUGCCCGUCUCUUACAAUUAUCAACACCCAGUUUACUCACAGUUUGCUUCCCCACCACCAGUGCCACAAGCCCCGUAUCCCUAUCCCCCUAACCCAGCUGCACUUCCACACGCUCCUUGGACUUACGGUGAGUCACAAGUCUCAAUGCUUGGUUCAUAUUUAUUCUUGGUUUUAUAUUUACAUAAAUGUAUACAUGAUGGUACAUACAGGUAUUUUCUUUGUAGACUUGUAGGAUUGCUUCUAUACUGAGCAAAGUUGAAUUUUGUUGUAAGUUGUGAAUCUAGUUGUCAGAAAACAGAAAAUUGAUGUCACUGACAUGUGCUUCAAUAACUGUCUUUAAGGAAUAGCUAAGCAAUUACAGCAAAAUUCAUGCAGUGGUAAAACCCAUUCAAACUUGUCACACAAGUUUUUAAUGACAUGACAGGUUUUUUAAAACCUCACAUAUGUAGAUAAAUAGAAGAGCAAAAAUACUGAAAUAUGCCAGCAUUUUAAUCCACUCUCCCGUAGCAAUAGUAGGGUAUGUGGAGAGGCUUUUU